CUCCCCCCAUCUUGACACCAACACUGCUGGAACCCACACCCCCAACCCUUGGGAAGAUCUGCCAUCUGAGUGUAAGGUCUGUUUCUCCUCCAAGGAUUACAACAAAACACAGAUAUUCUUUCCUGACCCUCCAGUCAUGCCUCUGGGAACACCUGCCCCCGUAAACAAGCGGAAAAAGCCCUCGAAGAUCAUAACUGACCUAUCACAUGUCAGUCAGGAUGAGUAUGAGUCAGAACCAGAGGCAUCUGAGUUUGACCUGGGAACAAAGAUCAGGACUCCCAAAGACAUCAUGCUGGAGGAGCUUUCUCUAAUGAAGAACCGAGGCUCCAAGAUGUUCAAGAUGAGGCAGCAGAGAGUGGAAAGGUUCAUCUAUGAGAACAACCCUGACAUCUUCAGCAGUGAGUCAAUGGACAACCUGCAGGAGUUUGUUGGAGGUCAGAUGGGAGGUCACAUGAUAAAUAUUGGUGGGCAUUUACUCAGCAAAGAGGCUGGGAAGCUGCAUUAUUCAGGGUUAAAUAUCGGAGGAGGGCCCCCUGUUCCUCCUCCAAAGCCUGGAAGCAAAGGUGCAGGAGCUGGUGGGGCAGGAGGAGAAGGUGGCCAUGGGCAUGGCCAUGGGCAUGGCCAUGAGCAUGGCCAUGGGCAUGGUCAUGGGCAUGGCCAUGGCCAUGGGCAUGGGCAUGGCCAUGGGCAUGGUCAUGGGCAUGGUCAUGGGCAUGGCCAUGGGCAUGACCAUGGAGAAGGAGCUAGUGAUUGGGCUCCACUAAAAGGAGGUGGAACAGAUGACUUGGUUAAGAAGCACAUUUAUGUAAAGACGUACAUCUCACCAUGGGAGAAAGCCAUGAAGGGCGAUGAGUCUCUGAUAGCCACUCUGAAAACUGGAAUGCCUGGUCCACAUGAGCACAAGGAUUUGCCCAAGUACAAAUCCUUCAACAGGAGUGCCAUGCCCUUCGGCGGCAUUGAAAAGGCCAACCAGUUAUUGAAAUUCCAGCUGCCAGCUGAGACAACCAAAGAGGAGCCCGAACCAGUAGUGGUGUACAAUCAGGACGUCAACUGCCGACCUUCCUUCAACCGCACUCCUAUUGGCUGGGUGGGUAGCAGUGAGCCCAGCAGCAUUCAUUUGGAGAUGGAUACUGUGCCCUUUGAUGGAGAGACCGACGAGCUGUAAAAAAUACUGCCAUUACACUCACUGUGCACAGACACAUACACACAUGUAAGCAUGAAUGCAUGCAUACAUGUUAGCAUUCACACACACGAUAGAUGAGCUUACACUUAACUGUCAUAUUGAUGAAUUUGAAUCACUCAGUGUGAAUAAAUGAUGGCAUACAUGAAAUGUGGUCAUGUUCUUGCUCUGUGUUUGACUGUAAGGCAAAGAAAUGAAAUAUUGAUGUUCUAGGGAGAUGAAACAUCAAAUGUGUAUUUGUUAAGUUCAUAAGUUGAGCCAGAGCACUCUUUUAAUUUGUCAGAAAAACUGUUGUUUGCAGUUAAAAUGUUGCUGAUUUUGUCAAUGAGGAAAGAAUGAAACAUUUAUGAAGGAUAAAUUUAUGCUGAUGUUACUGUUGUGCAUGCUGUCUGGAUGUCAACUUGUUACCACGUUUGUUAUUUCCCAGUGCUCUUUUUGUUGUUAAGAUUCUCUGACUUUUUUUUGAGCUAUGGAAACCCUAUAAAGAAAACUAUUUUGGAUGCAUGCAUAGAUUCAGUUGCUGAUCCAUUCACCCACUUCAUCAUCCACAGUUUCUCCACAAUAAACUUUUUCAAACGGUAACAAUAAUCUUGAAGAGUGAUUAAAAUAUCAAGGGAAA